CUUCUUCUUUAACAUUGUCACAGAUUUCUCAGAAGAUAAUUAUUGGAUCAAGAUGAAAACAAGCGGACUGAUAUUUAAGAGUUGAUCCAAAUCAAAAUGUAGUGAAUUUAAAUGUGAUUUCAUGAGGAGACGUGUGAGCUCUACUGAGUGAUGUGGAAAAUACGUUCUUAUCAAUAAUAAUAAUAAUAUCUUGCAUUUAUAUAGCGCCUUCACAGGACCCGAUGAUAAUAAAGAGAAUUCAGUGUCUAUACAAACUCAAGUGUUUUAUUUAUUUAUUUUCCGGAAGAAGGAACUCAUUUCAUCUCAGACCAGAGAGGAACCAGAGUUUUAAGAGGUGUGAGUACACGGGCAGAUAAACAGCACGGACCGGAAGUGUUCAGUGUAUCGCAGGCUCGCAGCGGGUGAAUUUGUGAAGUACUGACGGAGUAUCAACGGAGUAUUGACGGAACACUGACGGACUACUGACGGAGCACUGACCGGUUUAUUUGACUAUUUAACGUCUUUGUUGAAAACAUGGCGGCGAAACGUAAAAGUGACGUCAACGUUCCUGCGGAGGAAAGUGAUCAACUGCUCAUUCGCCCGCUGAGUUUCCCAGUUUGGGAUCAAUAAAUUAAAUGUGGAUUUAAUCUGGACAGAAAAUGUCUGUGUUUGUGUCCAGAGGAGCAGGACAGGAAGUGGGACGGUCCUGCAUCAUCGUGGAGUUCAAGGGACGAAAGAUCAUGUUGGACUGUGGGAUCCAUCCGGGCCUGGAGGGAAUGGACGCUCUCCCGUACAUCGACCUGAUUGACCCGGCUGAGAUUGACCUGCUGCUCAUCAGCCACUUCCACCUGGACCACUGCGGCGCCCUCCCCUGGUUCCUGCAGAAGACCAGCUUCAAAGGACGAACCUUCAUGACUCACGCCACGAAGGCCAUCUACCGCUGGCUGCUGUCGGACUACGUCAAAGUCAGUAACAUCUCGGCCGACGACAUGCUCUACACUGAGACGGACCUGGAGGAGAGCAUGGAGAAGAUCGAGACCAUCAACUUCCACGAGGUGAAGGAAGUGGCCGGCAUCAAGUUCUGGUGCUACCACGCGGGACACGUCCUCGGAGCCGCCAUGUUCAUGAUCGAGAUCGCCGGCGUCAAGUUGUUGUACACAGGAGACUUCUCCCGUCAGGAGGACCGACACCUGAUGGCAGCAGAGAUCCCCAGCGUCAAACCAGACAUCCUCAUCACAGAGUCCACCUACGGGACUCACAUCCACGAGAAGCGUGAGGAGCGAGAGGCUCGAUUCUGUAACACCAUCCACGACAUCGUGAACCGGGAGGGCCGCUGUCUGAUCCCAGUGUUCGCACUGGGACGAGCUCAGGAGCUGCUGCUUAUACUGGACGAGUACUGGCAGAACCACCCGGAGCUCCACGACAUCCCCAUCUACUACGCCUCCUCUCUGGCCAGGAAGUGCAUGGCCGUGUACCAGACCUACAUCAACGCCAUGAAUGACAAGAUCCGGAAGGCCAUCAACAUCAACAACCCCUUCGUGUUCAGACACAUCAGCAACCUGAAGAGCAUGGACCACUUCGAUGACAUCGGCCCCAGCGUGGUGAUGGCGUCUCCGGGCAUGAUGCAGAGCGGCCUGUCCAGAGAGCUGUUUGAGAGCUGGUGCACUGACAAGAGGAACGGAGUCAUCAUCGCUGGAUACUGUGUGGAGGGGACGCUCGCUAAGCACAUCAUGACGGAGCCCGAGGAGAUCGCCACCAUGUCGGGUCAGAAGCUUCCUCUGAAGAUGUCCGUGGACUACAUCUCCUUCUCCGCUCACACCGACUACCAGCAGACCAGCGAGUUCAUCCGAGCGCUCAAACCGCCGCACGUGAUCCUGGUGCACGGCGAGCAGAACGAGAUGGCCCGUCUGAAGGCGGCGCUGAUCCGCGAGUACGAGGACAACGACGAGGUCCACAUCGAGGUCCACAACCCGAGGAACACCGAGGCCGUCACGCUGAACUUCAGAGGAGAGAAGCUGGCCAAGGUGAUGGGCUCUCUGGCAGACAGGAAGUGCGCUCAGGGUCAGAGGGUCUCCGGGAUUCUGGUCAAGAGACACUUCAACUACCACAUCCUGACGCCCUCCGACCUCUCCAACUACACAGAUCUGUGUAUGAGCACAGUGACUCAGACUCAGGCCGUCCCCUACACUGGACCCAUCUCACUGCUGGUCAGUCAGCUCCGGAGCCUCGCAGGAGACGUGGAGCAGGUGGAGGGAGCCGAGAAGAUCACCGUCCGCAUCUUUAAGAGCAUCACUCUGGUUCAUGAGGCCGGGAUGGUGACACUGGAGUGGAUCGCCAACCCGCUGAACGACAUGUACGCUGACGCCGUCACCACCGUGAUCCUGGAGGUCCAGUCCAACCCCAACGCUCAGAAAUUUCCUGAAGGUCGGAGGGAAACGUUCCACGUGGACGUGUUCACCGAGCGACUGGAGCUCAUGCUGCAUGACAUGUUCGGAGACGACUGCGUGAAUUUCAAAGACGGUCAGAACCUGAGUGUGACGGUGGACGGCGUCACGGCGAUCAUCGACCCAGAAACCCGGUCCGUAGCCUGCUCAGAGGACGAGUCGCUCAGGGAGAUGGUGGAGGUCGCGAUCCAUCGACUCUACGACGCCCUCAGUCCGACCGUAUGACGAGCACGCCCACUCUGUGAUGUCACAAGCACUGGACCAAUCACAGGGAGCCGCCGAUGAUGAGGGGGUGUUUGUGUAACGACUGUGCAGCUGUGAUAUGAGUUCAUGCAACUUGAUGUCAAAUUGAUUCUGAACAUAAACACAAAUGUCUUCAUAUCAUCUGAUGUGAAACAGAUCCUGAGUCGUUUUGAUAAGUUUCUCCUUUUGAAAGUUUCUGAUUAUUUCUGUAAUGUUUCUUUAAAUAAAAACACUGUUUUGAUA